UAGGCAUAGUGAUUUUUUUCUUACUUUGUCAGUGCCAUAUUGAACUCUGUUUGCUGGAGUACUCUCCUUGCUGUCAACAUUUUGGUUCAUAGUGGCAUUAGAGUAGCUUAUUUAGGUCAAGCAUGAGCCAUAUUGAACUGUGUUGGUGUUGUUCUUGUUUUUGCAGGCAGGUAGCAAUUGUGGCUUUGUUGAAUGGGUUGAUCACCAGUGGCCCCCAACAAUGCAGAAUGCAUUGUUGAAGCUAUGGGCAAUGGUUGAAGAUGCCAAAACUGCUAGGGUGAAUGACAAUCUUGAAAGUUCUUUCACUAUCCACCAUCUGACAGAAGAGAAGAACAAGCUGGAUGCCAACUAUGACAAGCUAGUCCAAGAUGUGCAUGAGCUGAUGAACUUCCAGGAAGAUAAGGUGGUGGAUUUCAGACAUCUGCAGUCUGCCAUUACAUAUCAGCAGGAGGUAAGAAAAGAACUGAUUGAUGAUAUGAAGGCACAGAUGGCAAGUGAGAUGGCAAAGAAAGAUGAAGAGACCCAGAAACUUACUCUCAAGUAUGAGCUGCUGCUCAACCUGACAAGAGCUCAAGCAACAGUCAUUCAGAACUUGAAGCUGAACAAAAUGAAAGAGAAGCAAGUGCUUACUGAAGCUAGUAUGAAUUUGGAGCUGAAGAAUGCAGAGCUAACAAAGUGUCAGGAGAAGCUCACCCAAGAGAAGCUAGAGUUGAAGCUUGAGGUUGUUGAUCUGCUUAAGGGAAAUGAAAAGCAUAUUGAAGAGAAGUGGCAGUUAGAGUUUCAGAAUGAAAAGUUGAAGGAGAAGUUCAGGGGGAUUCAGGCCAUCUUGGAGAAGUGAAGAAGAUGAAAAUGAGAUUAGUGGCAUUGCUGACCUUUUGGGAAUGAUGGUUGUGUAAUGACCUAGCAUCUAGGAACUAAGGUUGUGUACUGUAUGCUUGUACUAAUGGUGAACUAUGGCUGUGUAUGUAUGUAGUAGUUAUGCUAUUCAUCCUUUUGUGAGAAAAGGAUGAACUAUGCAUUUGAAGUUGAACUCCUCUAUGUAUUGUGAACAAUGGUUAUGUAUGGCUAUAAUGAGUUGAACUCCAGU